ACAGACGGUAGCGAGGAACGAAGGAGGAAGGAUCUCCCGGUGGAUAGAGGGAGGGACUGGCCAGCGAGCGAGCGAGGGAGAGAGGGAGAGAGGGAGAGAGGGAGAGAGUAAUACCAAUAAAUACUAUUCUGAUUCUGAUUCUGAGGGAGCAGCUGAUGUCGAAGAGGAACGAGGGAUCGUGGAUGCACUGAGAGGAGAGAUAGAGGAACGAGGGAUCGUGGAGAGAUACAGGAACGAGGGAUCGUGGAUGUACUGAGAGGAGAGAUACAGGAACGAGGGAUCGUGGACGCACUGAGAGGAGAGAUACAGGAACGAGGGAUCGUGGACGCACUGAGAGGAGAGAUACAGGAACGAGGGAUCGUGGAGGAGAGGAGAGAUACAGGAACGAGGGAUCGUGGAUGUACUGAGAGGAGAGAUACAGGAACGAGGGAUCGUGGAGGAGAGUGAGAGGAGAGAUAGAGGAACGAGGGAUCGUGGAGGAGAGGGAAUGAUGUGGAUGGGAGAGACUGUGGACCUCUCAUGACAGACAUGCUGAGCCCAAAGAUCCGACAGGCCCGCAGAGCUGCCAGGUCUAAGAGCAUGGUGAUGGGUGAGGUGUCCCGGGGGCCGCCGUGCCGCCCCACUUCCCCGGGUCCCCAGGAGGGGGCGCUGAAGGCCGGCUGGCUCAGGAAGCAACGCAGCAUCAUGAAGAACUGGCAGCUGCGCUGGUUUGUGCUCCGAGCCGAGCUCCUCUACUUCUAUAAGGACCAGGAGGAGACCAAACCACAGGGUUGUAUUGCACUGAAGGGCAGUCAGGUGAAUGAGCUCACAGCCAACCCAGAGGAGCCUGGCAGACAUCUGUUUGAGAUUGUCUCUGGUGUGUCGGGAGAGAAAGAGCGUGCUGGCAUCAGUCAUGAGGCGUUCCUGCUCAUGGCCAACUCCCAGAGCGACAUGGACGACUGGGUGCGUGCCAUCAGACGGGUCAUCUGGGCGCCCUUCGGAGGAGGGAUCUUCGGCCAGCGGCUGGAGGACACGGUGCAGUACGAGAGCAAGUCACACACACACUCACACACACACACACACACGCGUCUGGCGCCCCUGCUGGUUGAGCAGUGCGUGUGCUUCAUGCGCGAGCGCGGCCUCGGGGAGGAGGGGCUCUUCAGGAUGCCCGGCCAGGCCAACCUCGUCAAGGAGCUGCAGGACGCCUUCGACUGCGGGGACAAGCCACAGUUCGACAGUAACACAGACGUCCACACGGUGGCGUCGCUGCUGAAGCUGUACCUGCGGGAGCUACCUGAGCCUGUCAUUCCCUUCGCCAAGUACGAUGACUUCAUCUCCUGCGCUCAACUUCUGUCCAAAGACGAGGAAGAGGGAAUCCAGGAGCUGGUUAACCAGGUGAAGACUCUCCCUCCAGCCAACUACAACCUGCUCAAGUACAUCUGCAAGUUUCUGGAUGAGGUCCAGUCUCACUCCCUUGCAAAUAAAAUGAGUGUGCAGAACCUGGCCACCGUGUUUGGACCGAACCUCCUCCGACCCAAGAUGGAGGACCCUGUGGCCAUCAUGGAAGGCACGACUCUGGUGCAGCACCUGAUGACGUUGUUGAUCAGCGAGCACGAGCGGCUGUACCCGUCCGCCCCUGGCGGCGCCCCGGAGGUCUGUGCCCAGGGCGAGAGCCCUCCGCUGGGGCCGCGGGUCCAGCUGAGCCAGCCUCCCAGCAUCGUGGGCUGGAUCUCCGAGGAGGACCUGCAGGGCGCCCCGCCCCACAGCGAGGACAACACCACCAGCGGCAGCUCCUCCUCCCUGGACGUCGUGCACCCCAGCGGCCCCGGCGCCCCCCCCUCGCGCCUCGCGGCCCCCCAGCCCAGAGCUGAGCCCGCCGCCGUCAGCCCCCCCGGCAAGGCCAAGCCCCCACCCACGUGGAAGUACACCUUCAAGGGCUCCAGCCCGCGGCAGGGGGAGGCGUGUGGGGGGGGCGGCGGAGGAGGGGGAGGCACGGGGAGCGCGUCCCGGGGGGGGGGGAACUGGCUGAUAAACGGGCUGUCGUCGCUACGGGGACACAGACGCGCGUCGUCAGGGGAACGCACGCGGGACUCUGGCUCCUCCUCCUCCUCCUCCUCCUCCCACAGACUAUCCACCUAUGACAACGUGGCGUCCUGCUCGUCAUCGGCGAGUGGCGGCGGAGCGGAGCCGGAGGGGGCGGGGCCGGAGGGGGUGGGGCAGGAGGGCGGGGCCAGCGGGACCAGCUCGCCGUGGUCUACGUCGUCCUGUGAGAUCUUGGUUACGGACUCGGGCGGCAAGAAUGCCGUUGCCUUGGAGACGCAGGAGCAGCCGCACGGGGCGCCACUGAGUCAGAGCGCAGACGAGACGCCAGAGGAGCCCGAGGACGCCAGCGUCGCCAUGGAGAUCUGCGUGAGCAGCACCAACUGCAGCAGCAGCAACGGCAAUGCACCAGUGGUUGUCGUGGUAACGGCAGAGGACAGCGACGGCACCCUGGUGGUGGGGCUGAAGGAGGAGCUGAGGAAGCAGAAGACCACCUAUGAGGACCGCAUCCAGAGGCUGGAGACCGCCAGUGCAGCUCUGUGUGCCCAGAUGGAGCGUCUGGAGCAGGAGAUGGAGCAGGAGCGGAAGAAGCAGCGCAUGCUGGAGAUCAAACUCCGCAACUCCGAGCGCGCGCGGCAAGACGCAGAGAACCGCAACCGCCUGCUGGAGAGGGAGAUGGAGGAGUUCUUCUCCACGCUGGGAGACCUCGCGCUCGGGGCCCGCACCAGCGACAUCUGAGCACUGUGUGUGUGUGUGUGUGUGUGUGUGUGUGUGUGUCAGCCCCUCUGUGUUUGUUUGUGUGUGUGUAUGUGUGUGUGUCAGCUCCUCUCUUGACCGUUGCUUGUGAGGACCAGGGACAUGUGAGGACCACUGACAUCACAGACAUGUCCCCUCCCUGUCCUGAGGUGUCAGUUGCAGGUGAGACACCUGGGGACAGAUUUGACCAAUCAGUGACCAAUCAGUGUUCUCGAAUCUGCACCCCAUCCAAUGGACAUACAGGGUGUGAGAUUAGAUGAAUAUACCAUCUGGAAAGUUCAUAUAGAGGGAUAUAUCAUGUGGAACACUAGAUUGAUAUAUCAAAUGGAACAUUGGCUGUCAUGUGAGACAUUAAAUAGAUCUAUAAUACGGGACAUUAUGUACUCACUCGUGAGCUAGGACCACUCACCCCUCCAUACCAAAGCCUGAUUUCCCUCCAAGGCUGUCCGGGGGCCAUGUUGGUUUUGGGGCACCUGAUGCUGACCACUGCCCUCACUCAAGCGAUGAUCUUUAACUGCCCGUGCCUUCCUGAGCCGCCGCCCCCGGGGGGGAGGAGACGCACACUCCCAUCUAUCAGGGUUUCCGUGACGACGCGGAGGUGUAUUAAUGAUCAGGUGCAAACUUUUUUCAAAGUGUGAACAGAGGAAUGACUGGCAUCUUCUCACCAUUAUGGACUCAAACUUAGUUUAACGCUUAGUGCCAACUGUCCAAAAGAGAAUGUUCUCUGUGCUGACUGUGAUUGGAAGCCUUUGCUUUUUUUAGUUUAGCCUCAAGAUUGUAGACUGAGGCCUGACAGGCUCUAAGUAGUGCAUGUGCUCACGGGCAAGCUGAAGAGAAAAACAAUGUUUUCCUCAUUUUUUUUCAGGUGAAAUUUCAAGUGAUGUUGCUGUUCGAUCCUGCAGCUGUUGUUGUGAGGUCUGUUCUGUGAAAGUGCCGGAAUGAUUCAGUUUUAGACUUAUUAAAAGAAAAACAAACUCUUAUAUGAGGGCUAUGAGCUGUUAGUGGCCUGCUCCUGUCUGGUUGGUGAUUGGUUGUUUUUCUACACUUUGGCGGAACUCUGGGAGAUGUUUUCUAUCGCCUCGGAAACAAAAGUGCUACUUGGAUAUUCUGAAGCUCUGGGUUCAGGAACAAGAAAAGGUUCCUGUUUAAAAGUGACUGUAUUUAAGGAUAUGGGGCCAAGAAAAGGUUCCUGUUGAAAGUGACUGUAUUUAAGGAUAUGGGGCCAAGAAAAGGUUCCUGUUGAAAGUGACUGUAUUUAAGGAUAUGGGGCCAAGAAAAGGUUCCUGUUGAAAGUGACUGUAUUUAAGGAUAUAAGACCAGGAAAGGUUCUUACUGAUGCUGUAUUUAUGGAUGUCAAAUAAAGUUUCUGUUGGCCAGGA